AUGUCGCCUCAGAUCGUCAUCUUCUACAACGUAGUCAUGCCGGAUCGGCCACGCCUGCGACGCGGCGCAGUGGAUCUACCCGACAUCGGUGUCAAGAAUGAAGAUUGGGGGUCCGAAUUGCGCGGCAACGCUUCUUUCACAGACGCCUGGGAGUUCGGCGUGCCCUUGGAGGCAGGCUUCAAGAUCGGCGAUAGGGUCUCCCAGGUUCUCUCCUUGACAGUGGCAGCCAGCAACCGCGAGACCAUCCGCCCGCGGGCCGACGGUCGCCCCCGCGUUAUCCGCGGCCGCAGUGGCGCCCUGAAGAGUGCGAGGAGUUUCUGCGUCUCCUGCGCUUGCGCGGUCGACGCGGACCGCGCCGCCGACGCCAGGGCCGCUCUGCAAGACUUUACCUCUGGUCAGCGAUCGAGCCUGUUUGCUUUGCUCCGCGGCCCAGCGAGCAUGGGCAUCCGACUUGCGCUGGGAAGCAUUCUGGACUCCAUGGAGGAGCAGCUCCUCGAUUGGAAACCUCGGAUCAAAAACAACAAGGAUGCGCUGAACAAGGAGCUGGAUCGUUGGACUGGUCUCGGGCGCGUCCUCCAGCGAGCGGCCUACGGCGCUCCCGUGCAGCUGGGGUGGUCGGACUUGGAGGAGUUUGUGGUGUCUCGGGAUCCUUGCCGCUUCGGCCCAGGCGUCGGGCUGGGCCGAAUGCUCGGCGAGCAAUGCAGCUGCGGAGUGUUAUCUUUCCGCAGCAAUGCGCAGAAACACUAUGGCGACGUCGUCCCGGAGAGCAUGUGGGCCCCUUACGUCGUACAUCAGCUGAAGAACAAUUGCAUCCACGCGUUUCUGGCUGGCGAAAUUACCUAUUCUGGCACCGGCAACGUCCUCGUGCCAGCCUGCGCGAACGACGUUGACUGCAGCCUCGACGUCUGGGACACGUUGAUCCUGGACCACCCCGUUGUGGACCCGGACCACGUUCGCGAUCACGUGGCGCUCGUCGUGGCGGAAGAGCAGAUGCGGGCGGUCGCGGCCGCUGCGGCGGAGAAGCAGACGGGGGCAGGCGCAGAUGUAUUCCCCGCGCUCGCGAACGGUGAGAAAGGGUCUCUCUUCGUCGAGGCCGUGGAGCGCGGUGAGCUCCACCUGUGCCUUGCGACCGCGGGCACUGACGAGGAGCCGCUCCUGCGACUGCAGCGCGGGACGUCAGUCCGCGGUCGGGUAUUCGUUUGCAUCGGUGAAUAUGUUGGCGCCGAGGCAAAUGCUAUCGCGGCCUUGAAGCGCAGCCUCCGCACUGAUCCGUCGCCGUGCUGCCGGUCGCUGCUGCCGGAGCACGGCGUGGCAUCCGCUGGCGGCCAGCGCAAUCCCAGUGUCUUCCGGCAGAUGAGUUCCGAGGAGAUCUUGAAGCAGUCCACGGACAUCGGCAAAAAGUUCACGAACGCCCAGAUGCAGUUCAUCCGCCGCGCACUUGACCGGGAAGACGGCGCUGCUCUGUGCGAAGCCUACCCUGGCACUGGCAAAUCAGCGACGGCGGCAGGCAUCAUUGCUAACGCGGCGAGCCAUUGCUCUGGCAAUGCCAAGUGCGUGGCCCUCGCCCAGCAGCGUGCCAUGCGCGACGAGCUGCUGUCCAACAUCCGAUCCGCGCUAGACGACCCGCUGGCCGCCGCCGGCGUCGGCCGACCUGCGGACGAAGCUCCGUCAGACGACGACGGUUAUCUGGAUUCGCAACUGCUAUCGGCAGUGAGCGGGCGAUUCACAGACCUGCAGAUGCGCAUCGAGGAACUGCGCAACGACCUGGCCGCCGUUCGCUGCAAUCCGGACGAGGGCGCGCUCGAGCGGAGAGAGUGGUUGGAGAAGACGGAGCUGAUGCGGCACCUGUGCUUCGAGUACGACGCCCUCCAGGAGGAAGCCGCGGAGAAGCAGUUCCACGACGUGCGCGUCUUCGCCAUGACCAUCGACGCUUUCAACAACGCCCAGAGCGGCCGCAGCUGGUUGUCCAGGAUCUUCAAGCGGUUCGAGAUUGCAUUCGUCAUCAUCGACGAGGUGCACCAGGCUAAUUUCGGCGAAGUGUACGCCGCGUUGCAGUCAGCGCCGAGCGCGGUCGUGUACUUGGACUCCGCCCAGGAGAUCCGCCACCGACCUGCGACGGAGUUCCUGCGGGAGCCGAGGCCCGACAGAGCAGGUAAUUACUACGAGUGGCAGAUGGCCUGCCACGGGAAGUCCCGCGUGCGUGCUUGGGGCCAUGUUCCCGCAGACAGCGUCUUGUCCUUGCCAGUCGCACAUCGGUUCGGCCCUGCGCCUGCCAAACUCCUCAGGGCAAUCUCAGCUGUCUACGGUCGGCCUGGCCGGGAAAUCAAGUGCGCGAUCGAAUGCGCCCGAGAGAGCGGGGACUCGUCCGUGGACUUGUCGAUUGCCCCGUACACUGCGAUGCGCUUCGUGUUCUACAGGGGCGCGCGAUGGAUUCCAUCGCUAUCCCGCGGCGUACUCGCCGACGACGCAGAGGAGGUGGGCCAGGUUGAUCGCGCAGCUCCGGGCUCGUCUGCCGCGGGGGCAACGAGGUCACGAACGUCGACGUUGCGCGCCGGAGCUUCCGACGUCAUUUUCGCCCAGAUGCUGUUCGAGGGCUUGUUCUUCCUGCGCGUGCUGGCGAGAGGCGAGGUGAGCAAGCGCGUUGGCGGGCCGCGCAUGUCGCUGGAGUCGACCACGAAGGCGGUUUUGACCAUGAUCCUUGCGAACGACGUGGGCGUCAAUUUCGCCACGUUGGUGCGAGGUGCUCUGGAGGACGAGGAAGUGCGGGCGGCGUUCGGUCCACCGGACUUCGUGGCUGAUGCCCCCAAGCUCUGGCGCGUGAUGACGCCCGAGGCUGCCAUGGGCUCCGACGGCCUCCUCGCGCAGACCACGCUGUUUCCCGGGGACCUCUCCGCGCAUGACCUGCAGGGCCACGCGAAGGAGCCCAACCGACACAACGUGGCCUUCUCCAGGUGCAUUCUUUUCGCUUCGUCGCACGAGUGCGAGGAGUGCUUCGACGACCGCGACGCGGCUCCGCACUGGCGGAGGCAUCAGGCUUACACCUCGGAUGCAGGCGGCGACUUGGACAUCGAAAAGAUCGACUGCCGCGGGCCCGGCGCGGAGAAGCCUGCGCGGCCGGAGUGGUUCACGUCGCCCGGCGGCGCUGCGGGGGCAAGUCAGAUGUUCCGCGCCGUCGCGACCUUCCUGUCCCCCAUCCCGCGCGUGGUCGCGAAGCUCCGCAAUCGGGCGGCACGCGCGCAGGUGCGCCCGCUGACGGCGCAACCCAUAUCCAUUGCGCAUGCGGUCGGAGACGCCUGCGAGUGGAUGAUGGACAGAGGAGCCCUGCCGACGGCCGCUCGUGAGCAAACUUCGCAGGCGAUGCCUCUCCAGACUUCCUCGUGGGUGAGCCAGCCCGACAUGUACGGUCUCGCGUCGGACCCGACCGCGCUGCGCGCAGUUCGAAGCCAACUACUCAAGCACUUGGGGGUCGUGGUUCAGAACGGCCGAGCUGCGAUUACGGCCAUGUACUUGGACGCCACUCGAGCGCGGGACGACGAAGCGGCUCCUCGCAGUGCGACAGUGGAGCGCGCGAUGGCCGCAGGGCGGGUGAUUGCGUUGCAUGCGGUCCAGCUCUUCCCCGACGCUUUCGCGGCAGAGUUUCCCUUGCGGGCGACGCCCAUGCCCAGGAAGAGGCUGCGCCUGGGCGGCGCUGUGCUGCGAGAGAGCUGGGAGGCUCGCGCUGCUUUGGCAUUGGCGUUGGAGCGCCCUGGUGGUGGCGACCCGAGGAUGCUCAUGUACCAGUUCUUGGGGGAUAACAAAAAGGGCAACCGGGCAUCGGCGGACCCGCCCAGCACGUUCCCCUUGCACUUCCGCGACAUGCCGAUCAACGUAGCUCAGGCUCUGGCUGCGACAUUACUUUUUUUCACUGGCGCAGAGAUCUCGGGGAAGAUGGUGGUCGUUCGCCCGCGAGCACCGACGCCUGAGCACCGUAAGGGGGCCGCGGACGUGAGUCGGGAUAUCAUAUGCGCAGUGAAUUCAAUGUCUGGAAUUCUUCGCAGGAGGCACGGGCCCCCGGCCGACGUGCAUUUGCCGCGCGCACCCAACUCAGCUGGCGCCGAUGCCGCGCGAAAGUGCGUGGAGGAGGCGUUCAAUUGCAUCCUCUGCUCGAACACAGGCGUGCUGGAAUAUUUUUCGAGCCAGGGCGGCAAGAUCCGGGAAUUUUGUAUGCUCUGCGAGACGUGCAACCUGCGCAGUGGCAGCGGCUGCUGGCCCGACGAUGCGACGCCGUGCCCUGCGUGCGCAGUCUAG